AUGCCAACGAACAUGCUGCUCCGCUCCCUUCUCAUAGCUACAGUCUCGUCCAACAAGUUCCUUCUGACACCAGCACUACACCUUCUAUCAUUCUUCUCCAAACCGGGCCGAAGCUACCUGUUCAAUAUAGAACGCAAUCCCGUCCUCAAAGCCAUCUUAAAGCGAAGCCUAUACAACCAAUUCUGUGCUGGAGAGACAGAACAAGAGACCAAGGCAUGUGUGAAGCAGCUGAAGGACCUCGGGUUCAAGGGCGUGAUCCUGACGUACGCAAAAGAGAUGGUGUUCGACCACAACACUGAGUCGGCUGAUCAUCAUGCCUCAGAGAAAUUCGUAGACGAUAAAUCUAUUGUAACGCAGGACGCAGAUAUUGAGGCUUGGAGACAGGGGACAUUGGGGACACUGAAUCUAAUUUCAGAGGGUGAUAUUCUUGCUAUAAAAACCACAGGAGCUGGCCCAGCCGUUGCGACCGCGUUCAGCAAAGGUGAACUUCCACCACAACAGAUGCUCGAUGCACUCGAGGGAAUAGCCACCAAGUGCAAAGAGCGUGGUGUACAGAUCAUCGUUGACGCAGAGUCUCAAAGAUGGCAGAAAGGUAUCGCUCGUAUGGCUCUCGAAUUAAUGCGCAAGUUCAAUCGAGAUGGGAAAGCCGUCAUUUACAACACUUACCAAUGCUAUCUCAAGGAGACGCCCGCAGUGGUUGAACAACACUUGGCUGAAGCAGAAAAGGACGGGUUUACACUUGGACUAAAGCUUGUGCGAGGCGCAUAUAUGCUUUCAGACGAUCGAUCUCUAAUCCACGAUACAAAAGAAGAUACCGACAACGCAUACAAUAGCCUAGCCCAAGGGGCUCUAUGCCAGCAAAUCGGUCCCUUUGGCGCAAUUGGACCUCAUGCGAGACCUUUUCCCUCAGUAAAUCUCUUCAUCGCUUCGCACAACCGCGAAUCCGUACUCUCAACCAACAAACUCCAUCGUCAACGCCUGCAGGCUGGCUUGCCCACUGUGCCCGUUGCAUAUGGGCAACUGCACGGUAUGUCGGAUGAAGUUAGUUUCUCAUUGCUGGCAGAGAAGGGCGAAGGUGGAAAGGCACCAGAGGUAUUGAAGUGUACCACCUGGGGCAGCAUGAGCAAUCUUGGAACUUCAAUUCUGAAAAGCCUUAUCAGAGUCCCAGAUGGCUCCCCAGCCAGAUUUGAAAGAUUCACCGCAUGUGUUCAGAGCCAUACCAGCAGGGAACGACUAGAUGCUCUCUUUAAGUCCGAAAAGUACGGAAGCUUUACUACUUUUAUGGGUUACAAUGUUUGGGCAGUGAAAGGUGCCAAUGUUGUGAUAUUGGGCGUCGAUCCAUCACAAGUAGAAGUAACUCUCAGAGAGGAAGGCAUGAGUCAGGCACUAGUGGGCAAACCUCUAAUCAGUGUAGUGGCAGGAUGGUCCAGAGAGAGGUUGGAAAGUCUAAUUCGUGCCGACCUAUCGGAGGAAGAAGCAAGAAAGAUUUGGGUUCUCCGCACUCUCCCCAACGUCGCAGCGCAGGUCUCGCAAUCAUUGACCGCCAUCGAAGAGCCUGCUUCGGGCUUCCCACCAGCGUUUAUGGACAUCGCAAACGAGAUUUUCUCCCACAUUGGAAAACCUGUACAUAUAGCUCCUCGCCUGAUGGCUGCAACAACAGCUGUAGGAGGCUCGACCCCCGCUUUUUGGUCCAUAAUGUGCGACGCUUUCAUCGACGCUGCUGUGGCAGUUGGUCUACCACGUCCUAUAGCCCAGGCGCAGAUCUACCAGAGUAUGCGCGGCACAGCAGAAAUGCUGCAAAGUGGGAUCCAACCAGGUGAACUGAGAGACAUGGGCACUAGUCCGGAGGGGUGUACAAUUGGGGGCAUCAUGGUAUUGGAGGAGAUGGGUGUUAGAGGAGCGUUAGGAAAGGCCUUAAGAGAGAGUGUUACAAUAGCAAGAGCAAUGGAGAAGGAUGAAGGAGAACAACACGUCAAUGAUACGAGGAGAUUCUAG